AACCCCUGUCCUGUCUGUUCCUCCAUUUAGUCACACAAGUUAACAAGCUUCUCUUAACGCAGCUCUGCUGAUUUCUUAAUACUCCUCGCCAGGAGCAGCUUUCUUCUUCUUCUUCUUCUUCUUUUUAAUAUACUCCUGCUCUAAUCUAUAGUGUCUAUUAAGAACUAGCUAACACAUUUCUCACAAUAUUGCCAAUUAAAAAGGGGGACUGCCUGCCUUCCAAACGAAAACCGGAUUCCUUAAUUUAUCAUUCUGCUGACAGUUCUGCUUGGUUUGACAAGCCCAACCAUUUUAACAAGUAGCUCUGAAAAAAAAAAACUAGUUUUUGGAACUUUUCAGAGCGCGCGCGCCUGGCACUGCCCUGCCAAACUUUUUUUUUUCCUGUUUCUCCCCUGCGUGCAGUAGAUUUCACACUGGCCUCAUUGAUUGCGGUAUAAAAAGGGGUCACGGAGACCGAAACCAUGAUGAGCAAUAAUACUUACUACGAGCAGCAGCCUCAGUACUACCAGGGCACCAACAACGGGGAAGAGCAGGAGGAGAUGCCCGCCACGGAAAAGGACCUGGCGGAGGAUGCACCCUGGAAGAAAAUCCAGCAGAACACCUUCACCAGGUGGUGCAACGAGCAUCUGAAAUGUGUCAACAAAAGGAUCAACGAUCUACAGAAAGAUCUCAGCGAUGGGCUGAAACUUAUCGGUCUGCUGGAGGUUUUAAGUCAAAAGAAAAUGUACAGAAAAUACCACUCCAGACCCAACUUCAGGCAGAUGAAACUGGAAAAUGUCUCGGUGGCACUGGAAUUCCUAGACAGAGAACACAUCAAGCUGGUAUCUAUAGACAGCAAAGCCAUUGUGGAUGGGAACCUGAAGCUAAUUCUGGGCCUGAUAUGGACCCUCAUCUUGCACUAUUCCAUCUCCAUGCCUAUGUGGGAGGACGAGGAUGACGAGGAUGCCAAGAAGCAGACACCAAAGCAGAGGCUGCUGGGAUGGAUCCAGAACAAGAUCCCACAAUUGCCCAUCACCAACUUUCACCGAGACUGGCAGGACGGCAAGGCUCUGGGAGCACUGGUGGACAACUGUGCUCCAGGUCUGUGCCCUGACUGGGAAACCUGGGAUCCUAACCAGCCUGUGGAGAAUGCAAGAGAAGCCAUGCAGCAGGCUGAUGACUGGCUGGGUGUGCCUCAGGUGAUUGCUCCAGAAGAGAUUGUUGACCCCAAUGUAGAUGAACAUUCAGUCAUGACCUACCUGUCUCAGUUCCCCAAAGCCAAGCUUAAACCAGGGGCUCCUCUGAGGUCCAAACAACUCAACCCCAAGAAGGCAAAGGCCUAUGGACCAGGUAUUGAGCCCCAUGGUAAUGUUGUGCUGAAGCCUGCUGAGUUCACGGUAGAGACCAUAGAAGCUGGGCUUGGAGAGGUGAUUGUCUAUGUGGAAGACCCUGAAGGACACACUGAGGAGGCCAGAGUUGUUGCCAACAAUGACAAAAACAGGACCUAUUCUGUGACAUACGUUCCCAAGGUUGCUGGGCUUCAUAAGGUGACAGUUCUAUUUGCUGGCCAGAAUAUUGACAAGAGCCCCUUCAUGGUCAAUGUUUCUAUGGCACUGGGAGACCCCAACAAAGUUUCUGCUCGAGGGCCUGGUUUGGAACCUGUUGGCAAUGUGGCCAACAAGCCCACAUAUUUUGACAUUUACACGGCAGGUGCUGGAGCAGGAGAUGUGGGGGUUGUCAUUGUGGAUCCCCAGGGUCGUCGUGACACUGUAGAAGUCAUUCUGGAAGACAAGGGCGAUAGCAUUUUUCGCUGUACUUACCGUCCCAUUCUGGAGGGACCGCAUAACAUCUAUGUUACAUUUGCUGGAGCUCAGAUUCCAAAAAGUCCCUACACGGUUCAUAUCUCAGAAGCUCCACAAUCUGCCCAGCCAGCUGGGUCUCCGGUUCAGAUUAUUCCUCAGUCAAUUUGCACUCCGCCAACUGAAAAGCCAAAGAAAGUCCCACCCCCAACUCCUCCCAAACCAAGGCGACCAACUUGCAACCCCAAUGCCUGCCGAGCCACAGGCCGAGGCCUCCAGCCAAAGGGACUCAGGGUGAAGGAGGUGGCAGGAUUCAAGGUGUUCACUAAAGGAGCUGGGAGUGGGGAGCUCAAGGUUCUUGUCAAGGGACCAAAAGGAGGAGAUGAGCCAGUGAAAGUUCACGAUGUGGGUGAUGGUGUGUUUGAAUGUGAAUAUUAUCCUGUUGUUCCGGGUAAAUACACCGUCAGCAUCACCUGGGGAGGGUACGCCAUCCCAAGGAGCCCUUUCGAGGUUUUGGUGAGUGAGGAGCCUGGACUGCAGAAGGUGCGUGCCUGGGGCCCUGGGCUGGAGACUGGAAUGGUGGGCAAGUCAGCAGACUUUGUUGUAGAGGCCAUUGGGACUGAAGUGGGGACUCUCGGUUUCUCGAUUGAGGGUCCCUCUCAGGCUAAGAUCGAAUGUGAUGAUAAAGGUGAUGGGUCUUGUGAUGUGCGCUACUGGCCAACAGAACCUGGUGAUUAUGCUGUCCAUGUCAUUUGUGAUGAUGAAGACAUCAAGGACAGUCCCUUCAUGGCCCACAUCCUCCCUGCUGCCAAUGAUGUCUUCCCUGAGAAAGUAAAAGCCUCUGGACCAGGCCUGGAGCCUACAGGCUGCAUUGUUAACAAGUCUGCAGAAUUCACUAUUGAUGCUCGUGGAGCUGGGAAAGCAGAACUCAAGAUCUAUGCCCAGGAUGCAGAGGGGUUCCCCAUUGAUAUCCAGAUCACUGAUAACGGAGAUAACACUUUCUUCUGUGUUUAUAUCCCAACAAAACCAAUAAAGCACACUAUCAUUAUCACCUGGGGAGAUGUUAAUAUCCCCAACAGUCCCUUUAGGGUGAACAUUGGAGAAGGCAGUCACCCAGAAAAUGUUAAAGUGUAUGGACCAGGAAUUGAGAAAACAGGUCUGAAAGCCAAUGAGCCUACUUACUUCACAGUGGACUGCAGUGAGGCUGGUCAGGGUGAUGUGAGCAUUGGCAUCAAGUGUGCUCCUGGUGUUGUUGGUCCUGCUGAGGCAGACAUUGACUUUGACAUCAUUAAGAAUGACAAUGAUACCUUCACUGUGAAAUACACCCCACCUGGAGCCGGACGGUACACUAUCAUGGUGCUGUUUGCAGAUCAGGAAAUUCCCAUCAGCCCCUUCCGUAUUAAAGUUGAUCCUUCCCAUGAUGCUGCCAAGGUGAGGGCAGAAGGCCCUGGACUGAACAGAACAGGUGUGGAAGUGGGCAAGCCAACACAUUUCACAGUUUAUACCAAGGGGGCUGGCAAAGCCAAACUGGAUGUCCAUUUCACGGGGGCUGUUAAAGGAGAAGCUGUACGGGACUUUGAGAUUAUUGAUAAUCAUGACUACUCUUACACUGUGAGGUACACUGCAGUUCAACAGGGAAAUCUGACCAUCUCAGUUACCUAUGGUGGAGAUCCUAUUCCUAAAAGUCCCUUCACUAUUACUGUGGCACCACCUUUAGAUCUCAACAAGGUCAAAGUGCAAGGGCUGAAUAACAAAGUGGAUGUAGGAAAGGAUCAGGAGUUUUCGAUCAACACCCGUGGCGCAGGAGGACAGGGCAAGGUGGACGUGAAGAUCACCUCCCCCUCCCGCCGGCCCAUCCCCUGCAAGGUGGAGACUGGCACCGCCAACGACCUGCACUCCGUCAAGUACAUGCCCCCAGAGGAGGGGCCCUACAAGGUGGAGGUCAGCUAUGAUGGGAACCCCGUGCCAGGGAGCCCCUUCACCGUGGAGGGGGUCAUGCCCCCUGACCCCUCUAAGGUGCGCGCAUAUGGUCCCGGUCUGAAGGGAGGAAUUGUGGGCAAGCCGGCUCCCUUUGCCAUUGACACUAAAGGAGCUGGCACUGGUGGACUUGGGCUAACAGUGGAGGGGCCUUGUGAAGCAAAAAUCGAGUGCCAGGAUAAUGGCGAUGGCUCCUGCUCUGUGUCCUACUUGCCUACUGAACCUGGCGAAUACUCCAUCAACAUCCUUUUUGCAGAAGCUCAUAUUCCAGGGUCUCCUUUCAAAGCAGCCAUCAAGCCCGUGUUUGACCCCAGCAAGGUGACAGCCAGUGGGCCAGGUCUUGAGCGAGGCAAGGUCAACGAGGCUGGGUCGUUCACUGUAGACUGCUCCAAGGCUGGUGAUGCUGAGCUGACCAUCGAGAUCAUAUCGGAUUCUGGUGCCAAGGCGGAGGUCCACAUUCAGAACAACAGCGAUGGGACAUAUUCCAUCACAUACAUACCUCCCUUCCAUGGAAUGUACACUAUCACCAUCAAAUAUGGAGGACACUCAGUGCCCAAAUUCCCUGCCCGUGUCCAGGUGGACCCAGCAGUCGAUACGAGUGGAAUUAAGGUUUAUGGACCAGGAAUUGAGCCACGAGGGGUCCUCCGUGAAGUUACUACACACUUCAUUGUUGAUGUCCGGACACUGAACAAGACUGGAGGCAACCAUGUGAAAGCAAGGAUUGUAAACCCUUCUGGAGCCAAAACAGAUGCCUACAUCACUGAUAAAGGGGAUGGGACCUACAGGGUAGAAUAUACUGCAUAUGAAGAUGGUAUACACCUGAUUGAGGUGCUGUAUGAUGAUGUUGCUGUUCCUAAGAGUCCCUUCAGAGUGGCUAUUGCAGAGGGAUGUGAUCCUUCACGUGUCAGAGCCUAUGGGCCGGGUCUGGAAGGAGGCCUUGUUAACAAGCCCAACCGCUUCACAGUCGAAACCAGGGGUGCUGGGACUGGUGGACUGGGCUUGGCUAUUGAAGGUCCAUCUGAAGCCAAAAUGUCUUGUAAAGACAACAAAGAUGGCAGCUGUAGUGUGGAGUACAUACCUUUCACACCAGGAGACUAUGAUGUCAACAUUACUUUUGGGGGACGCCCAAUUCCAGGCAGUCCUUUCCGAGUGCCUGUUAAGGAGGUGGUUGAUCCCAGCAAAGUGAAGUGCUCAGGCCCUGGAUUGGGCACUGGGGUGAGAGCUCACAUUCCACAGACGUUCACUGUGGACAGCAGCAAAGCAGGCCUGGCUCCACUUGAGGUUCUCUUGUUUGGGCCUGCAGGAGUGGCAGAGCCUGUCAAUAUCAAAGAUAAUGGAGAUGGGACACACACUGUUAAUUAUACUCCUGCCAUGGAUGGGCCAUAUACUAUCUCAGUCAAGUAUGCUGAUCAGGAGGUGCCACGCAGCCCAUUUAAGAUUAAAGUUUUGCCCACUCAUGAUGCCAGCAAAGUCCGUGCCAGCGGUCCAGGACUCAAUGCCUCAGGAGUGCCCGCCAGUUUGCCUGUGGAGUUCACUAUAGAUGCCAGAGAUGCUGGUGAAGGUCUUCUUACUGUUCAGAUUCUUGACCCAGAAGGGAAACCCAAAAAAGCUAACAUCCGUGACAAUGGAGAUGGAACCUAUACUGUAUCAUAUGUGCCUGACAUGACUGGUCGCUACACCAUUACCAUCAAAUAUGGCGGAGAUGAGAUUCCCUACUCUCCCUACCGCAUUCAUGCCCUGCCAACUGGAGAUGCCAGCAAGUGUUUGGUUACAGUAUCCAUUGGGGGACAUGGUUUGGGUACAGGCCUUGGACCCACAAUUCAGAUUGGAGAGGAGACUGUGAUCACAGUUGAUGCAAAGGCUGCUGGGAAGGGAAAAGUUACCUGUAAGGUGUCAACCCCCGAUGGUGCAGAACUGGAUGUUGAUGUUGUGGAGAACUCUGAUGGCACUUUUGAUAUUUAUUACACUGCUCCUGAACCAGGCAAAUAUGUUAUUACUAUCCGCUUCGGAGGGGAGCACAUUCCUAAUAGCCCGUUCCAUGUUGUGGCGUGUGAUACCAUUCCCAUAAUUGAAGAGCCAUGUGAUAUGCUGCAGUUACACCAGCCCUACGCAUCCUACCACACUGGCUAUCCAUCACACUGGGCAACAGAAGAGCCCAUUGCACCUGUUGAUGACAUGGAGCCAGCUCUUAGACCCUUCAACUUAGUUAUCCCUUUCACUGUCCAGAAAGGUGAAAUAACAGGUGAGGUUCGGAUGCCCUCAGGCAAGACAGCCCAUCCUAAUAUCACUGAUAACAAGGAUGGUACUGUCACAGUUAAAUAUGCUCCAACAGAGAAGGGACUGCAUGAAAUGGAUAUUAAAUAUGAUGGAAAUCAUAUACCAGGCAGCCCUCUGCAGUUCUAUGUGGAUGCUAUUAACAGUGGCCAUGUGAAUGCCUAUGGCCCAGGUCUCAGUCAUGGAAUGGUGAAUAAACCAGCUACAUUUACUAUUGUUACUAAGGAUGCUGGAGAAGGUGGGCUCUCUCUUGCCGUGGAAGGCCCAUCUAAGGCUGAGAUCACCUGCAAGGAUAACAAAGAUGGCACAUGCACUGUGUCCUAUCUCCCUACUGCACCAGGCGACUAUAACAUCAUUGUCAAAUUUGAUGACAAGCACAUCCCUGGGAGCCCUUUCACUGCCAAGAUCACAGGAGAUGAUUCCAUGAGAACAUCACAGCUUAAUGUUGGCACAUCAACAGAUGUCUCUUUGAAGAUCACAGAGACCGAUCUCAGUUCAUUAACUGCCAGUAUCAGAGCUCCAUCUGGCAACGAAGAGCCUUGUCUUCUGAAAAGGCUGCCAAACAGGCAUAUUGGUAUUUCAUUCACACCCAAGGAAGUGGGAGAGCAUGUGGUCAGUGUGAAGAAGAAUGGCAAGCAUGUCACCAACAGCCCCUUCAAAAUAAUGGUGGGGCAGUCAGAAAUUGGAGAUGCCAGCAAAGUGAAGGUGUCCGGAAAGGGAUUAAUAGAGGGCCACACCUUUGAGGUGUCUGAGUUCAUUGUGGACACAAGGAAUGCAGGUUAUGGAGGUCUUGGUUUGUCAAUUGAAGGUCCAAGCAAAGUUGACAUAAACUGUGAAGAUGUGGAGGAUGGAACAUGCAAGGUGACAUACUGCCCGACUGAACCUGGAAACUACAUCAUCAAUAUCAAAUUUGCUGACAAACACGUGCCUGGAAGUCCCUUUACAGUCAAGGUGACAGGAGAGGGAAGGAUGAAGGAGAGCAUUACAAGAAAAAGACAGGCUCCCUCCAUUGCAACUGUUGGUAGCACAUGUGACCUUAACCUCAAAAUCCCAGGGAACUGGUUCCAGAUGGUAUCGGCCCAGGAGCGUUUGACACGAACUUUCACCCGCAGCAGCCACACCUACACGCGCACUGAGCGCACUGAGAUCAGCAAAACAAGGGGUGGGGAGACCAAGAGGGAGGUGAGGGUGGAGGAGUCCACUCAGGUCGGAGGAGACCCCUUCCAUGGCGUCUUUGGAGAGUUCUUGGGCAGAGAGAGUCUAGGAACUUUCAGCGGUAUUCCCAGACAAGAGGGAGAAGCUGGGUCCCAGGAUAUGACAGCCCAGGUCACCAGCCCAGGAGGGAAGACUGAAGAUGCUGAGAUCAUUGAAGGAGAGGACAGCACCUACAGCGUGCGUUUUGUGCCUCAGGAGAUGGGCCCUCACACAGUGAAUGUGAAGUACCGUGGACAGCAUGUGCCUGGUAGCCCCUUCCAGUUCACUGUUGGGCCACUGGGUGAGGGUGGAGCUCAUAAGGUCAGAGCUGGAGGCACUGGUCUGGACCGCGGAGUUGCAGGAGUUCCAGCGGAGUUCAGCAUCUGGACGCGAGAGGCAGGUGCUGGUGGCCUCUCCAUUGCUGUGGAAGGGCCAAGCAAAGCGGAGAUUUCUUUUGAAGACAGGAAAGAUGGAUCUUGUGGUGUCUCCUAUGUUGUCCAGGAGCCUGGUGAUUAUGAGGUGUCAAUCAAGUUCAACGAUGAGCACAUUCCAGACAGUCCCUUUAUUGUACCAAUUGCUACGCUGUCUGAUGAUGCACGGAGACUCACUGUCACCAGUCUGCAGGAGACCGGAUUAAAGGUCAACCAACCGGCAUCCUUUGCGGUGCAGCUGAACGGAGCCAGAGGGGUGAUUGAUGCCAAAGUUCAUACACCAUCUGGGGCUGUGGAGGAAUGCUAUGUCUCUGAGCUGGAUAGUGAUAAGUAUGCCAUCCGCUUCAUUCCCCACGAGAACGGAGUCCACUCCAUUGAUGUGAAGUUCAAUGGCAGCCACAUCCCAGGCAGUCCUUUCAAAAUCCGGGUGGGAGAGCCCGGACAGGCUGGGGACCCAGGGCUCGUGUCUGCGUUUGGGCCUGGGCUGGAGGGAGGAACCACAGGAGUGCCUUCUGAGUUUAUAGUGAACACAUGCAAUGCUGGGUCUGGCGCUCUCUCAGUGACUAUUGAUGGCCCCUCUAAGGUGAAGAUGGAUUGCAAUGAAUGCCCAGAGGGAUAUAAGGUUACUUACACACCAAUGGCUCCGGGAAGCUAUUUAAUUUCUAUUAAAUAUGGUGGACCUCAGCAUAUUGUGGGCAGCCCUUUCAAAGCAAAAGUCACAGGUGCUCGCCUGUCAGGAGGUCACAGCCUGCAUGAAACCUCAUCAGUUCUUGUGGAAACUGUUACUAAAACUGCCACUGUUGGAGGAUAUAGUGCCAUGCCAAAGUUCUCAUCAGAUGCCAGUAAAGUUGUUUCAAGGGGUCCUGGUCUCUCCAAGGCCUUUGUUGGGCAGAAAAACACUUUUACAGUGGACUGCAGUAAAGCAGGUACUAAUAUGCUAAUGGUGGGAGUGCACGGUCCAAAGACACCUUGUGAAGAAGUGUAUGUGAAGCACAUGGGCAAUAGAAUGUAUAACGUUACAUACACGGUCAAGGAAAAGGGGGACUACAUCCUUAUUGUCAAAUGGGGUGAUGAAAAUGUGCCGGGAAGCCCCUUCCAUGUCACAGUACCUUAAGCACAGCACAGUACUUAUGUUACAUAUGUUAAACCCCCCUUGCUAUGCAACCUAAUGGACGAUUCUGAGAUGCACUAAAAUUGCAAAAUAACUUCAAGCCAUGUGCCAAGUGUUUCAUUAGCAUAUUCAUUUUUUUUAAAAAAAAAAACAAUAAUAUUUUUGCAGUGCAUGAAGACAAAGUUGCGAUGUCACAUUAAACAAUAAGUGCACGGUAAAAAAAAAAUACAAAACACCUUUUCCUGCUUUUUUGUUGAGCAUUUCUUUUGUAAGUUCAGCCCUUACAGUAGGGUUAAAGAUUGUUGUUUUUUCUUUUCCUUUUUGGUAACUUUUUAUAUAUUUAUAUGGAAGACAAGACAUGCAGUAUGGAUAAAGUGAAUCUUUUUUCCAUUUCAUAUUGGGCCAAUUUUAAGCCUUAAAGUUUUUAUUUCUGCUCUGAAAAGAAGGAAUCCUUUGAAUUCCAGUAUUUGGGUGGUAUAUAGUACCUCUUUCUUGCUUAAUUCACAUAGAAAGAUAACAGUAAAUGUAUUUAUAACAACAAACAUACAUAACAUCUUGCUUUUUUUAAACAAAUGUCAUAUUAAACAAUAUUAAAAAGGCCAAUAUGAAUUUGAAAAAAAAUAAAUAUCACUUUGAAGAGGUCACUGUCAGAGUUGAAAGGAUACUGGAGGUUGUUGCAAUUAAUUUAUUUUGUGAAAUGUAUUUUUUUUCUUUUAUGUGAAAAGGAAUUUACCUGAUAUCUGCUGGGAGAGAAUUUCUGAAAAGUAAGAUUUACAGAGUCAGAAAUAAGUAUGAACGUUUGAAAAAUAAUUUGUUAAAACCUAUCACUUAAACACUGAACAUUCUGACAGUGACUUCUUUUCAUGUCCUGGCCCGUUAUAUAGGAUUGUGAUUGGUCAGAGGCUGAAGAAGUACUAAAGAAAAAAGACAGGUGUAGCAAUGUUUUAUUAUGUGAAUGUCAAAACACAGAUUUUGUCAUGAAACAGUAUUAAAGAGUGCCAUUUUAUAGUGUUUUUGUAUGUAUUAAAAUAAGAAUACCUAACUGUUUGAUAUAUUAACCUACUGUUUGGUAAGAAUGUGCAGGCAUAAUAAAGGUUUAACUGCUAACUUGCCACAAAAAUACAAACACUUGUGGUCUUGUAUGCUUUACUGGA